CUCCCCUUAAAACUACCACCAUUUGUUCCAAGUACUUCAAUAUAACUUCUUGUUAUCGUUCUAUAGCCGAAAAAAGAAAAUGCCUCCACCGUCUCGGCUCGAUUCAAUCAGUGCCCUCUACGACUCCCGUAGCGACAAGUACGACGAGAACCAAGUUCAUGUCGACCAAGCGCGAGACUAUCUGGUUUGGGCGGACUUACGGGCCGGUCAAAACGUGUUGGAUUUAGCAUGCGGGACGGGUCUCGUGUCGAUCGGAGCAAAGUCGAUCGUCGGUGACUCUGGCGUGGUCAUCGGCGUGGACGUCAGUUCCGGGAUGCUGGAUCGAGGACGCCUCAAGGCCGAACGAGCAGGGUUACAAGUUUCGUUCAUAAAAGGUGACAUUCAACAUCUAGAUUCAUCACGGUUCACACAGGAUUCAUCAUCAUCAUCGGCGACCAAAUUUGAUGUCAUCACUUGUGCUUCGGCUCUGAUCCUGCUAGAUGACCCGGUGGGUGCACUCAGACAAUGGAAGACCCUUCUCGAGGAGGGUGGAGGAAAAAUCGUGACGGACGUGCAGAGUCGAGAUGCCAAUCUGAUCAUGAACGUUUUUCGCCACGUCGCGGCUCAAUUGGGCGAAAAGGUCAUCUGGGACGGUGGGGCGGCGAGGUACGAGAGUAUCGAAGACCUGGGGAAAGUGGUACGCGACGCCGGAUUCGAGAUCGAAAAACUGUUCGAGACGGAACCGUACGCCACGACGCAUUACAAACCAAAAGAGGCCGAAGAGAUUUUUGACGAGGCCGUCGAGAAAGAAAUGUUUGAACGGUUUGGAAAACCUGAAAACGGGACGAGGGAGCGCGCGAGGAAACUGUUUGUGCAAAGAAUGAACGAACUAGCCGAGGGAAGGGAGAAUAUAAAAGAAGAAACUAGGUAUUGGGUCGUUGUGGCCUCGGUGCCUGCUUCAAUAUAACAGUGCUUGAGAGAUGGUGGAGAUGAUCGAACACGAAAGGGACCUGGUGGACGUUGGCAGAAGUAUUGUGAAGAAAAAGGGGAAAUCUCACCUCGUACGUCGGACUUUGACUGUCUGGGGUCGGACGUGCAGAGAUAUUUUGAGGAGCCGGGGGAUACGGACAGGGAAAAGGACUUCCAACAUGACUCUGGUCGCCCAAGGGGAUAUGGACAAGGACAUGGUAUAUAUGGUACGCACACGAAUCAUGUGGUUAUGGCCACUAGAUGGACGGGCAUGGACGAGCUGUUCUCCCGAGUGAGAAUUCGUACACAGCGUAUACGUACCAAGGUAGGUCACGGCAUCAAGGAAUAUCAACUUUGGUCCGGUCUUCCGUUCACUGGGAAAUGUAGGAAAUUAUAUAAGGUAUUGUACCUAGGUAGCUAUAUACCUCUUCCACGGGUCCCUUGAGGGCUCCGAGAGCUGGCUAUAUCUUAGAACCGUG